AUGGAGGUUCCCAUUGUGCAUGGCACUCAAGUAAAUGAAAAUGACAUAAAUGAUGUCUUCGAAUCGCUGCUGCUAAGCGAAGAAAAAUUAAGUGCAGAAGGUUUUCAGGAGGGGUUGAAGAAAGGUUCUGUAGAUGGGUUAUGCGAAGGUUUCCAUUUGGGAUAUCACAGAGGUGCAGAAAUAGGCGCAGAGAUUGGUUUCUAUAAAGGAGUUAUUCAGGCGUGGCUUAUCAUCAGCAGAACGCCAGGAAAUAAUUUCAAAGGAGAGAAGGACUUAGAAAAGUUUAUGGAGUUGUGCCGAUCUUUCCCAACCAGCAAUUCAGAAAACGAGGACAUCCUGGAUCUCUUGAGUUACAUAAGAGCAAAGUAUAGGAAACUGUGUGCUUUGUACAAAUUUAAUACUAUUAUUACAACUUCGGCGAAACUAUCAUUCUGA